AACUCAUAAAUUACUUGAAACUAAUUUCAUAUUUUUUGUAUAUGCAGGCGGAUAAGUCUAAAAUAGUUUAUGAAGCAGCGAAUCACAUUCGAAAUCUGCAGAAUACUUUCAAUAAACUUGAAAGUCAAAAGCUAGAAAGGCUAGAAGAAAAUAACAUCAUGUUAGUGGGUUCACAAAAAGUUGGUAAUAGUUGGGAAAAGUAUGGGGGUGAUCAAGGAUCAAUCUGUAAUUCUAAAGCUAUUACACCAGCUAAUCAUGGUCCUACAGGUUUUAUGACAUGGAGUUCACCAAAUGUGGUACUAAAUGUAGCUGGUGAAGAUGCACAUAUUAGUGUUUGUUGUCCUAAAAAGCCAGGGCUAUUUACCACCAUUUGUUAUGUUUUGGAGAAACAUAAGAUUGACACUGUGUCUGCUAAAAUUUCAUCUGAUCAAUUCAGAAGCAUGUUCAUGAUCCAAGCUCAUGCUAAAGGUGGAAGUGGGGUAGCUCAAUUCUCCGAAGGAUUCACCGUAGAAGACAUGUACAAGCAAGCUGCAAAUGAGAUAAUGUUGAUGACAACCCCCAAAUGAUCAAUAUCAUAUUUACUUUUGAAGUUCAUUCGGUGGAGGAUGAACAACUGUCGUCGUAUAGGCAUGUUUAUUUUCAAGAUUAUCUUUAGAUUAUGAAUUGUUGUGGUCGUAAAAGUUAUUUUAUAUAGUUCUAUAGUUCAUUCGAUAGAGGAUGAACGGUUGUGGCCGUAAAGGCUGUUUUUAUUACUUUUAUAGUUCAUUCGAUAGAGGAUGAACGGCUGUGGCGUAAAGGCUAUUUUUUUUUACAUUUUAUCCAGUGUGUAAUGAAGGUCUGUCCCUAUAUUGGAUGAAUAAAAAUUAUCAAAUUUAGUCCCAUCAA